CUGAGGAAAGUCGGCAGCCAGGCGAAGCGUUCAAACAGCCGACCAAACAAACCGUGCAGCGCAGGGAGGAAUGGGGGGCACCUAGCCAGUCGGCUAAACCAGCUACAUUUCUCCAAAGAAGAAGCUCACGGCGGUCGAUCAAGAUGGUAUCCUGGAUGAUCUCCAGAAUAGUAGUCCUAGCCUUUGGGACGCUCUACCCAGCCUACUCCUCCUACAAGGCUGUCAAAACGAAGAAUGUGAAGGAAUAUGUGAAGUGGAUGAUGUACUGGAUAGUGUUUGCGUUGUUCACCACAGCAGAGACGGUCACAGACCUGGUACUAUCAUGGUUUCCAUUUUACUUUGAGCUGAAGAUAGCCUUUGUCAUCUGGCUCCUCUCCCCAUACACAAAGGGCUCCAGCGUUCUCUACCGCAAGUUUGUCCACCCCACCCUGUCCAACAAAGAGAAGGAAAUAGAUGAGUACAUAACCCAAGCCAAAGAUAGGAGUUAUGAAACCAUGAUGAGGUUUGGGAAAAGGGGUCUCAACCUGGCUGCUAAUGCUGCUGUCACUGCAGCCACCAAGGGCCAGGGCGUACUGUCAGACAAGCUGCGGAGUUUCAGCAUGCAGGACCUGACUCUGAUCAAUGCCGAGGACGAGCUGGCCCUGCGCUCCUCGGACGCCCGCAUGAGACGGGAGCCCAUGGACGACAUGAGCUCCGGGUCAAGCACACUGCCCCGUGCCAAGAGCACCAUGACACGACAGACCCGCUCCUUGUCGAGCAUGACCCUCCCUGAUGACACAUCAUCCCAGCACAGCUCUGACCAGUCAGAUGCGAGGACUGAACAUUCGGAUGAGGACGUUGGAGAGAAGGCCCCCAAGCGCACAGCCAGCGUCAAAGCAGCCAAGAAACCUGCCACUGCCACCAAGACAGAAACCCAAACCAAGACGGUGAAGAAACAGACUAAGAAAAAGGUCACAACUAAUGCAGAGACGCCAUGAGUCCUGGAGCCAGCGUCCACUGGCCUACACUCUCUACAGCCAUGCAGGCCCUCCGUCUCUCUCCAGUCCACACACACACGCAUCAUCACAUGAUAUCAGUUACACAAAACAUCUCCAUCAUGUUAUCCAAGUUGCACAUAUAUGCAGACAUGCAUAUCAAUAGCAUCUGGCAAUUGUCAAUUUUUGCUGGAUUUUAGUGCCAAGUACAGGUUUAGAUCUUAACAGUAUGUGGCCAGCCUCGUGUCAUCAACAUUGUUAUUUGUUUUUGU